AUGAUCUUCACACCUUCCUCCUCAGAUAGCUUUCCGCUGAUCCCUGCAACCCCUAUCUCAUCAAACUGCGGGAUAAACAAUAACCUAAUUAUUCAGAGACCACCUUGCGAGGCCGCAUCCAUUGGAUGGUCGGACUUUGCCAUCGUUGAAAACGACUCCUUCUUUCCCAAGAUGAAUGCCUACCAAACUGAUUCUUCAUCAUCAGAUACCUUGGAUACCUACAUGGAAGAUUCCUCAUCUACUUCCUCACAGGACACGGACAUGUCCCUCAGUUCCACUGAAAUCCGAUCAUCCGCAUCAUCUUCAGCUUCCCUAAACCAGAAGAGCGUCAAGUUCUCUCCCUUCUUGGAGGUCAGAACGCAUUCUAUUACACUUGGGGAUCACCCCUGUUGCACCAUCCUUCCAGUCGGACUUGAUUGGGACUAUGCAGAAACUGAGAAUGUGAGCUUGGAACUACAUGAAAUGAAGAAAGCCUACCGCGGAAAGGCACGAAAGCUGUCCUACAUCGAACGCAAGCAGUUGCUACAAGAAUUUGUUGAUAAAGAAAGCUUGCAAUCGACAAUGGAACAACAACCAAUGAUGAAAAAAGCAGGUUCUUCCUCCCGCCAACUCAAAGCUAUGGCAUGA